UACCGUGGUUCAUGUUCACUAAACCUCUUCUUAAUUCUUAUGAAUUUGCUGCACUAAACCCCACCUGGGUAUUUUUCAUUUUUGUUGUAGCUGUAAAGUACAAAGUACAGAAACUAUUUCCUCAUUAUUCACUAACUUCUUCCUUUUUCUUCUUUAAUUUUUCAAAUGUAACCUUCACAGUUCACACACAAAGAAUUUAUUUCUACCUUCUUGUUGGGGGGACCGAGUUGACUCAGUAGUGGGAUGUUUGGUGGCUCAGAAAUCAAGGAAUAUGUAGUAUUAAUACUUCUAUUUACUUAUAGAUGCACGAUUACUUAUUGUAAUCAAACCCCAAUAAUCAUUUAUUUGAUGUUUGUUGGGUUUUGGUUGGUGGGUUUUUGAUUUUGAAAUGUGGGAUGUUUUACCUGCUUGAAUAGUAGCUGGGUUUUACAGUUUGUAAAAUCAUUGAAGCUUUGAUUAUUUUCCCUGAAUUUCAUGGCUUCUGCUGGAAAAAUUGCUGAAUUUCGACGAGAAGGCAUUGAUUGGUUCUGUAAUGCAGGUUUGUCAAGCGAUAUAACUGUUAUUGUGGAAGAAGUGAAUUUUCAUCUGCAUAAGUUUCCUCUUGUGUCAAGAUGUGGAGAAUUGGAUCGAGAACUGGAUUCUUCUGAACACAUACAAAAACAACCUUCUACCAUCUCGCUAGACGGAUUCCCUGGGGGCCCGGACACUUUUCUCGUAGCUGCCAAGUUCUGCUACGGGCUUCGUAUUGAUUUGAACCCAAAAAACAUAAUGCUUUUGUAUUGUGCCGCCAACUAUCUAGAGAUGACAGAUCAAUACGGAGAGGAUAACUUGUUAUCUAGGUGCGAUAGCUUUUUUCACAAAAACAUACUUCGUAACUGGAAAGACUGUAUUGUGGCCCUUCAAAGUUCUGAACCCGUCAUAUCGUUCGCAGGGAAACUUCAGAUUAUCGACAAAUGCUUAAAUGCCUUGUCCACUAUGGUUUGUACCGAUCCAAGUUUGUUUGGAUGGCCUAUGAUGAUGUACGGUAAAUUACAAAGUCCCGGUGGAAGCAUACUAUGGAAUGGAAUAAACACCGGUGCUAGAAUCAGAAGUGCGGAAUCUGACUGGUGGUAUGAAGAUACUUCAUAUCUUUGCAUUGAUCUAUUCAAACGGCUUAUAAAAACAAUGCAAGCGAGAGGCAUAAGACCUGAAAGUAUAGCAGGUGCUAUAAUGUACUACGCUAGGAAAUUCCUACCGGGCCUUGAAAGAUGGCAAGGAGGAAAAACUCGGGCUGUUGCAAGAUUUAGCUCAACUCCGGUAAGUGUCGAUCAAACAGCCCUGUUGGAAACUAUUGCUACAUUACUCCCCGAAAAGAAGAGCAGAUCGUAUUGUCGCUUUCUGCUUGGAAUUCUUCGUACUGCAUUGAUUCUGGAUGUUAGUGAAGCGUGCAAGGACUGCUUGGAGAAAAGGGUUGGAAUGCAGCUCGAAUUUGCAAGUCUAGAUGGUCUUUUGAUUCCUACUUACAAAGAUUGUGACACGUUGUAUGACACAGAUUGUGUUCAGAGGAUCGUCCAACAUUUCGUGUCAUCGCAAUCAAGCGUUCCAACAUUUUCUCCUUGUUCUCCUGAUACAGAAACAACACCGCCAUCUGAACCAUUAAGAAAAGUAGCAAAAUUGGUGGAUGACUAUAUUGCAGAGGUUGCUUCGGACGUGAACUUGAAACCCGACAAGGUACGCGCUCUUGCAGAGGCUCUUCCAGAAGAUUCAAGAUCAUUCCAUGAUGGCCUAUACAGAGCUCUUGAUAUAUAUUUCAAGGCUCAUCCAUGGCUUCCAGACACAGAGAAGGAACAAAUGUGCAACAUAAUCGACUAUCAAAAGCUUUCCAUUGAUGCAUGUGCUCAUGCAUCCCAAAACGAAAGACUACCCCUUAGGGUUGUUCUUCAAGUCCUAUUUUUUGAGCAGAUGCAUCUGAGAACUGCUCUAGCCGGUUGCUUUCAUGUUGCGGACCCUGAUAAUGGCCCAACUAAUCCUAAUACAACACAGAACGCAUUGGUAGGUCAGAUCGUCCAGAGAGACGGAUGGGUGUCAGUUGUGCGCGAAAACCGUGAUCUUAAAGGAGAUAUGGACAGAAUGAGAUCGAGGGUUCAGGAACUCGAAGAAGAAUUCAGUAAAAUAAAGCAGGAAAUGAGAAAAGUAAGCAAAUCAUUUAGUUCCCUAAGCUCUCCCCGUUUGGUUUCUUGGAGUGCGUGCAAUUUGCUUCCUCGAUCUUCAAAUGCACACCGAGAUGUGGUUAAAGUUGGCGAAUCCUCUUCAAGGGUAUUAGUUGAUAGACCUCGUUCUUCCCAAGAUUUGAGGCAUCGCAAAAGUUUUCUUUGUUCCGGUGAAAAGUGAGGUAAUACAAGCUAACUCGUUGGUUGAAAUGAUAAUUUCUCUUUUAAUUGAAGAUAAUUGGUUUCUAUAGAAUUAGUUUUCUUGGUGUUUAUGGUCUUUAGACUAGACUAAGUCAUAGUUCUUUUGGCAAAGUUGUAUAACGAGAAUGCUACACGAAGCUUUGUGUCGUCUUCUGGAUAGGUGAACAACAACAAUGCCAAAAGUCUUGAUUCCCGAAGACCAGUCAACUACAUGAAUCAAUAGAUCAGUUCCAGCCUUCCAGGGUCGUGAAUUCUUCUGGAUAUGGAUUUGUGCGGAAUUAUUGGCAUAGAUAAGCCUUCAAUUCCACUUAAUUCCAUUUCCAGAGCGAAGCUUGAGCCAGGUAUGAAGUUACUCUUCAAUGGUUCUGGACACCUUUAGACAUGAAUAUUGUUACACUAGGGAGGUUUUACAAAUGAGUUUAUUACUAAUUUAGCAAAGCAGAGAUAUACUCCCUUCUAUUCUAAUCAAAUGUCUCAUUUCCUCUUUUAACAUAUUCACAUCGAGUGUCUUAUUUCUUUAUUUGGUAACUUAAACCCUACUCAUACCCUCAUGGGAUCCGACAGUUACACAAUUGCCAUUAAAAUAUAACUUUUUCUCUUACUUUUUCCGUACUGUCUUCUCCCAUGUGGUCCUUCUGGUGCUAAAUCAAAUGGGACAUUUAAUUGGAAUACUAGGAACUACAUGUUUCUUUGGUAUGGAUAGAAUAUAUAUAUACAUUAUGAUGUACAGUACUGUAGCUCUGAGGAUCUUGUUGUUUGCAAUACAUGUAACAAUAUCAGAUAUUUUGUUGUAUACUUGUUGAAUGAGUUUAAUAUUGUAUGAGAAUAUGUUUAUUAAAUAUAUGAAUCAUUUUUUCUUUU